GGGGCUGCUGGCACGAGGGAUGAGGGGCAGAGAGCAGCUUGGACAAAGGAGAAGGGCUGCAGAGAAAGGAGGACAACGCUCUUGCUCAAGGGUCUUGGUUUCUGGAAUAUGAAGUAUCUGCCUAAGAAUGAAGACUACGAGUCAAUACAUCAGAGGGGAGAAGCAACUGGGAAAAUUUUCAAGGUGCUCCUGCCCCGCCGGCGGCCUACCCCGAGGCUGACGCCCGCGAUGGCCUUCGCAAAUCUGCGGAAAGUGCUCAUCAGUGACAGCCUGGACCCUUGCUGCCGGCAGAUCCUGCAGGAUGGAGGGCUGCAGGUGGUGGAGAAGCAGAACCUGAGCAAAGAGGAGCUGAUGGCCGAGCUGCGGGUAAGGCGGGCGGGAGGGAGACGAGAGCCGCCGAGCUCGGCGGCAUCCCUGCGGAAACGGCGGGGCCAGCGCGCCCCCGCGCCCCCUGGCCCGGCCCCGGGCAGUCCCGGGCCUCCCGCGUGGGGGUCGGGGGGGGGGAGGAAGGGCGGCUCCACCGGGCCGCGGGCUGCACGCGGGAUGCCCGCGCCGCCCCCAGCGCCUCGGCGGCAGUGGCCCCGGCAGCGCGGCGCCGCCUCUCGGCCCGCGGGGACGGGGAGCGCAGAGGCUUCGGCGCGGGGAGCCCGGGGACCGCCACCCUCCGACUAG